CUCCCCUGUAAUUUCUAGGUCUUCAGAGCUCUGGGCAGAUCACCGUUCGCCGCCAUGGGGAGAAGACCAGCAAGGUGUUAUCGCCAGAUUAAAAACAAGCCAUACCCGAAAUCAAGGUAUUGCCGUGGUGUUCCAGAUCCAAAGAUCAGGAUUUAUGAUGUUGGAAUGAAGAAAAAGGGUGUAGAUGAGUUCCCAUUUUGUGUGCAUUUGGUUAGUUGGGAGAAGGAGAAUGUCACCAGUGAGGCAUUGGAAGCUGCACGCAUUGCGUGCAACAAAUACAUGACAAAAUUUGCUGGAAAGGAUGCUUUCCACUUGAGGGUACGCGUUCAUCCUUUCCACGUCUUGCGUAUAAACAAAAUGUUGUCGUGUGCUGGGGCUGAUAGGCUCCAGACUGGAAUGAGGGGGGCUUUUGGUAAGCCGCAAGGUACAUGUGCACGUGUGAGCAUCGGUCAGGUUCUGCUCUCUGUCCGUUGCAAAGACGGGAACAGUCAUAAUGCUCAAGAGGCUCUGCGCCGUGCGAAGUUCAAGUUUCCUGGUCGUCAAAAGAUCAUUGUCAGCCGAAAGUGGGGAUUUACGAAGUUCAGCCGUACUGAUUAUGUGAAGUGGAAAGCAGAAAACCGCAUUAUGCCCGACGGUGUAAAUGCCAAGCUUCUGGGAUGCCAUGGACCGUUGGCCAAUCGUCAACCAGGAAGAGCUUUUAUAGAUUCAGUUGCUUAGGACCACUCAUUUCCUUAUAAAACUGGGUUUCAGGCAACUCUCACCGUCUAAUUUUUUUAUUUUGAAUGCUUUUGGUUGAAAAAGAAAUUCGCCUGUUAUCUUCUGUAAUAGAAUGCUUUAAAUAUGGUACAUUUAUUUGUUGUGUUUGUUGGCUGAAUCUACCGUUUAUUUUUGUGCUAA